CCACAAUCUAGAUUCCCCUCUUUGCACUCAAGACACUCAGAGAGUCUAUUUACGAUACUAGCUCAAUCCCAGCAAGAAACCCUACCCAGUAAACACCCAGACUGUCAAUUCUAUUCGUCAAUCGAACGCCAAGGAAUCAUGGCACCAAGGCCAAGGGUCCAAGCCACUGCACUGUAUCCAAAACCACACCACCACCACGCGCGCAUCGCACCCAAUCACAUCCCCCACAAAGACACGAUUUCAACCAACACACAGAUCGACAAUGAUAAGCGGGGGUCUAGAAAGGCCCUUCCUAAUCCCCUCAUCCCCUCACUAUUGAUAACAAACCUGCUUUACUCGAAACACGAUCAACUGCUCUAGAAUAGAUCGACACAGACAAUGGAAACCUUCAUGUCGCCAAACUUGUUCUAGCCCGCGCCGCUCCGGCAGAAACCUGGAGACGAGGGAAAAUUCUCGAAUAACAGGUAACUAUGUGCCACCAAACUCGCCAAUCCUUCUACUCAUAAGUAGGAUUUCUCUGUCCGCCCGUCCCGGGGGAUGAGGGGGAGAGGGGGAG